AAGCUCCUCUCCUGGACAGGACAGCACAGAGCCCUGAGCACCCUCUGGAUCGUGGUGCCAUGAUUGUCAACCACUUCAUGAUAUUUCUCACCUCAUCUCUCUUGUCAUCUCAAUGCCCCUCUCUCACAGCUUUCCUCCAGUUGCUACCGUUGGCUCUGUCCUCUGUGGACCCUCUGCCAGCUCCUACACUCUCCACAGACCCCAGUUAUCAUUUCUAUUAUGAAGGGGAACGAUUCGCUAUCAUGUGCUUGGCUGCAACAAUGAGGAAAAUAGGUGGAUUUCGGUUCUUCAACGAAAGCGGGGAGCAAAUCUACCUAAGAGCACCUUACUCCUUCCCAUCUGCCUGGCUCUACAUCACAGCUACAAAAGCCUCUGCUGGGGAUUACACGUGCAUGUACUUUGUGGAGGACUCUGGCCAAGAAAUUCCGUCCAACAGGAGCGUUCCUGUUUCGGUUAAGGUUCACGCUGCUCCCAUGGCACCAGCUUUAUCCCUGGAUCCUCAGCAGCAGGUCUAUAGACCCGGGAACUACGUCAAGCUACUCUGUUCCAUCCCUACAUUUCCAGAUUAUGUUAGAGAAGUGCAGUACUAUGCGGAUUUUGGAUUUGCAGUCUCCAUUCCAGUAUCGAAUGUGAGAAACUACAGCUACGAACUCAGCUUCACAGGAGAGGAGCCUUCUGGGUCUUACAGUUGUGCUUACUUUGUUAUUAAGUCUGAACGUCCCAUUCGCUCAGAAAGGAGCCGCUGGAUCAAUGUCAAUGUGAAAAGCCAUAAAAUCAGCUGGAUUCGGGACAUCAUUGUUGGGGGUUCGUUCUUUACCAUCAAUGGCUUCAUCUUUUUCUUCUCCCACCGCCUGAUGAAGAGAAGAGUGGCUCAAGACUGAAGAAAAACCUUUUCCGAUGCUGCUUCUUCCACUCAAUUGCAGAUCUGGAAGAAGGACUCCAGAUGGACUAAUGAGAGGAAUGAGAACAAGAAUCCCCUAAAAGUUUUGCUCUAUUAGCUAAGACAGUCUGUUCCUUCGGGCCCUGCUGACUCCUCAUUGUCUGCCUCAGAGUCCUCACAAGGCAGAAGUGGUGCAUGUUUAAUUGGCAUUGUUUUGGCUGCUCCUUUCCUCUGUGCAGACCCCUGGGCCUUCCAACCUGUCCCGGUCCACCUGAAUAAAGCUGGGCAUUGUGUUUUGGUCUUGUGAGUUUAA